UCGGGCGGUUUCGUACGCUCGACCGUCAACACGCAACGUCGUACCGCGGCGAGUUUACCACGCAUCGGCCGGCCGUGAUGAUAAAAGUCCGUUGGUAUUGCGACUGAUCAGUUGGUGUCCGCAGCGUGACACGCAAACCGGUGUGCUUCGUACGAGAAGUCUACUCGCCACACUGGCUCUGCACCGUCUAUCGUUGAGAAGGUACUGUUGCAAGAGAGAGUCCGACGACGACGAAAUGUCCGCCAACAAUCGGGAUCCUGCCUCCGAGCAGCUGAACGACUACAAGAGGAACAUGAAGGGCGAAAAUUCGGUGCUGUUGACCGGAAAUGGAGAGCCGAUCGCAAACAAGAUGGCCAGUUUGACGGUGGGUCCGCGUGGACCCAUGCUGAUCCAGGACUUCGUCUAUCUCGACGAAAUGUCGCAUUUCACCAGGGAAAGGAUCCCGGAGCGUGUGGUGCACGCGAAAGGAGCUGGUGCUUUCGGUUAUUUCGAAGUUACCCACGACAUCACGAAAUACAGCAAGGCGAAGGUUUUCUCCCGCAUCGGAAAACGCACGCCCGUCGCCGUGAGGUUCUCCACCGUGGGCGGCGAGUCCGGCUCAGCAGACACUGUUAGGGAUCCCCGUGGCUUCGCGGUUAAGUUCUACACCGAGGAGGGUAUCUGGGACUUGGUGGGCAACAACACGCCGAUCUUCUUCAUCAAGGACCCGCUGUUCUUCCCCAGCUUCAUUCACACUCAGAAGAGGAAUCCUUCCACCCAUCUGAAGGACCCGGACAUGUUCUGGGACUUCAUUUCACUGAGACCAGAGACAACGCACCAGGUCAUGUUCCUGUUUGCUGAUCGCGGCAUUCCCGAUGGUUAUCGUCACAUGAACGGUUACGGCUCCCACACGUUCAAGCUCGUGAACGCCAACAACGAGGUGGUCUACUGUAAAUUCCACUACAAGACCGACCAAGGAAUCAAAAACCUCCUGGCUGAAAAGGCGGCGCAGUUAAGCGCCAGCGAUCCCGACUACUCUAUCAGGGAUCUUUACAACGCGAUCGCUGCCAACCGAUGCCCGACCUGGACAUUCUUCAUUCAAGUUAUGACGCAGGCCCAGGCGAAGACCUUCAGAUGGAAUCCGUUCGACGUAACCAAGAUAUGGCCGCACAAGGAAUUCCCGCUCAUCCCUGUCGGCAAGCUGGUGUUGGACCGAAAUCCUGAAAAUUACUUCGCUGACGUGGAGCAAAUGGCCUUCGAUCCGGCUCACAUGGUGUCCGGUAUUGAGCCGAGCGCUGACAAAAUGCUGCAGGGACGUCUGUUCGCUUACGGGGACACACAUAGGCAUCGACUUGGCCCGAAUCAUCUACAAUUGCCAGUGAACUGUCCCUACAAAGCGAUUUCCGCGAUGAACUACCAACGUGACGGUCUCAUGACAUUGUACAACCAAGGUGGUGCCCCGAACUACUAUCCGAACAGCUUCAAUGGGCCGAAAGAGUGUCCAGCGGUUCGUUCGCCGAGCUUCUGCGUGAGCGGCGAUGUAGACCGUUACGAGCCGGAGAACGAGGACGACUUCGGUCAGGCAACCACAUUCUGGCGGGAUGUGCUUGACAGCGAGGCAAAGACUAGGCUAGUUAACAACAUGGUGGCCAGUCUUCGUAACGCGUCCACGUUCAUCGCCGAGAGAGCGGUGAAGAACUUUUCCGAAGUGGACGUCGAGCUCGGUCGAAGACUGACCGAGGGGCUUCGCAAAGCCGGGAUGAGGAUCAAUGUCUUUGGCAAGACGGCUAGCCUGUGAAAAGAUGUAUCAUUUUUCUCUUUUUCUUUUUUUCUUUAUUACCGUCACUUCGAUCGACACUGUGUCUGCUGUAAUUAUCAUCGUCUCGUUUUACGAGUUAGUUACGUCCACCAUUAUAUUUGUUAAUAUUUUACACGA